AUGCUCGCUCGCUGAGUGUGUGUGCCGAACACACACCGGUCGACGGUGCGGGUUCGAGUCCCUUCCCAGCAGCCACCUCUCUCUUCAGCCCUGAUGUCAGCACCAAGAUGGCGUCUGACCUCCUCAUCAGGCUGUCAGAGGCGACCCAGAAGGCCCAGAUGAAUCCUGGGAGGCCUGCAGAGGUGCGGGGGGGUCAGCAGGACGAGCCCGGCCUCGCUCUCUCGCCGGACGGCCCCGGGGCAAGUCCCGAACCGCCGACGCUCUCCCACACACCUGAAGGCCUCAACACCGCCACCGACACACUGGCUUCAGACCUGCUGAGGAAACUGGCAGAGCGGCAGGAAGUGAGCAGCCAUGUGGUUCGGGUCAAAGAAGAAGAAGAGCCGAUGGAGGUCGACACGUUUGUCCCCCACGACCUUAUCGCCGAUCGCCCAAUCCCAGGAGAGAUAGCCCCACCUCGCCCUAAAAUGCCGACUCCACAUCUCUUCAAAAUCAAAACAGAAGACCAGGGUCUCUGUGGCAACGCAGAGAAGCUGCACCCUGGAGCCAAGAUGGCGGACCAGUGUCUCAACGGCCUUAAAACAGAAGACAGACUUCACGCUGGAGGCGGCCAUUCUGGCUCUAAAGCGGCAGACAACGCCUUCGUCGAAACCAACACAUUUCAGUUCAAAGUAAAACUGGAGGACCAUGGAGCCAAGAUGUCGGACCAGCUUCUAUCGGGAACCAAGAUUGAGGACCAGCUUCUCUUAAAAGCCAAAAUUGCACAGAGCCCUUUCCCUUCCAACAAGUUCCAAGUCAAGACCGAGGAGCAGUUUCCGUCAGGGGCCAACAAGACAGAGAACCAGCUGCUCUUCAGAGCCAAGAUGGCGGACCACGUUCUCUCCGGACUGAAGACGGAGGAGGAGCUGUUCUUCGGAGCCAAGAUGGAAGACCAGUUCACCUCAGGAGCCAAGAUGGCGGACCAGUGCCUCAGAGCGGCGCUGUGGCAGGACAUGUCGGUGAACCUGGCGUCCACGCUGCUGCACCAGCUUUCAGAGAGAGUCAGUAAAUCCAACGGCCGGCCGAUGGAGAGGACGACUCCCACUUUCAGGAGCAGUCCUGUUUUGCCGGUGAAUGUGGACCCUUUUCGCUCCUCCCCUCUUUUGGGCUCCAAGGAACCUCCACAUGAAACCAAAACCAGCCUCAGCAGAGAUCAAACCACAGGUUGCUCUUACUUCAACAGGUGUCACGUGUGCGGCUUCGAGACAGAUGGCCGCCUCCUCUUCCAGAGUCACAUGACCGAGCACCGCCAAUGGGAGCGCGACUCCUUCUCGCUGCACUGCUGCGUGUGUGACCACUCGGCCAAUCAGGAGGCAGAGAUGAGGGCUCACGCCAACACGCACACACACGGACUCACCAGCGCCGAGAUCAGAUGCCCCAUCACCUCUCCUCCUCCGGUCGCCUCCUCCGCCGCCACCACAGUUUCCGUGGCAACCUCCUCCUCCUCGGAGCACCGCUGCCGUAUCUGCCAGAGGUCGUUUCCGGGGCAACAGGAGCUGCUGGUGCACUUCCAGGGUCAUCGCCAGGGCAACCAGUACCGGUGCGAGCGCUGCGGUCACCUGACGCGCACGGCCAACAAGCUGGUGGAGCACGUGCGCGUGCACACCGGGGAGCGCCCGUUCACGUGCACGCUCUGCCCAUACAGCGCCAAGCGGCGGGACAGCCUGCGCCUCCACUGCAAGGUCAAACACCCAGCGCACGUGCACACACACGCCGUGCACGUGCACACACACACCAACAACAAGCAGCGGCUGCACACACACACACUCGCAGCAGCUGUCUCCUCCUCUUCCUCGUCUGUUUCUCCUCUUCAUCCCUCGCUCUCUGAUCGAUGGAGGGAUCUGUCUCCUCUCCUCCCCAUCACCACCCUCCUCUCUCUGAAGCCUCGUGCUCCUUCAUCCUCCUCCUCCUCUUUAUCCUCCUCCUCCCCCUCUUCCUCUUUGUCCAUUUCUUCCUCCUCCUCCGCCUCCGCCUCCUCCUCCACUUCCUCCUCCUCCUCCUCCUCCUUCUCCUCCUCCAAACACUCCUUCCUCAGUUACCUUGGUCUGAAAACUUCUUUGUAA